AUGAUGGGAAAGAUCAUCUUCUACGAGGACAGGAACUUUGGAGGCCGUCACUAUGAGUGCAUGAGCGACUGCGCUGACCUGCACUCCAUGUUUGACCGCUGCCGCUCUAUCCGGGUGGAGAGCGGCAUGUUUAUGAUCUAUGACCGUCCAGGCUACAUGGGAAACCAGUACUUCAUGAAGAGGGGAGAGUAUUCUGACUACCUGAGCAUGACAGGCAUGAAUGACUGUGUCAGGUCCUGUCGCAUGAUCCCUGUGCACAGUGGCGCCUUCAGGAUGAGGCUGUAUGAGCAUUUUGACAUGGGAGGUACGAUGAUGGAGCUGACGGACGACUGCCCCAACCUUAUGGACCGUUUCCGAAUGAUCAACUUCAACUCCUGCAACGUGGACGGACACUGGCUGCUGUACGAGCACCCUCACUACAGGGGACGUCACUAUUACCUGAGGCCCGGCCAAUACAGGAGCUUUAGUGACUGGCACGGCAACAGCUCCAGGAUCAGCUCCAUCAGGCGUCUCAUGGAUCUCUAAAGACAGAAGAACAGUUCUUGGGAAAUGUCUGCUCUUUGCCCUGUUUCACACGCUGAAUAAAAUGGCGUCAGUGCUCA